AUGACGAUCACCCCAGCCCGGCCAUCGCGUUCCGGUCACUCACGUCCACCGCAACUGGAACACGCCACCGAGGGCCUUCUAAAUGCCGGCGUCGAACGCUACAACGGCGAACGAGAGCGUGUUCUGUCCACCAGCCGCGAAGAGGACGAUGCCAAAUGCGACAUCGGCGAGGGCCAGGCGAGGCACUGGAAUUUGAACUAUAACAACGUUGGUAGCCAUGUGAAGCCUGCCAGAAACGCAGAUGAGUUCACUGCAUUUCCUAAGAUCUACCGAAGAAUCGAGAACUGUGUUUUCCACAACCAACUCUAG